GUAUAUGCUAGUGUGAAUUGAAUUGGGGUGUCACAACGUUAAUUUAUCGUAGAAUAGGGGGAAACACAUUCACGCGAAGCUUUUCUCAGUUGUAUUUAAUUUAAUUUACUUUCGUGCUUGUUUAGUUUUAGUAGUUGAAAUAAUAAUUAGAUUGCUAGAUAACGUGUAGUUCAUUGAAGUAAGGAUAGAGCAGCCGACUGAGUUGAUAUUCAAAAUACUUACUCUAUACUACACCAGAUUAGAGGUUGCACUUACCAUUUGAUCGGGAUAGUUGUAGUUACGCACGAGUCCAGAGUUAGCUUCUUUCGACUUUGUACAUGGACUUCUAUAACUUUCUGUUAAGGAUGCAACUAUUCAAGGGAGUUCAGGGUUGUUAAUUGUUUGACUAAUUUCUAUUUUCAUUUCUAUGGUAAAAAGUUCGGGGUUGUUAAUAUGGGGUCCAAUUUAGUCGAAAAUUUCGAUGAUUUGUAAUUAUUCCAAAAGUUGGUACACUGCAAUAAGAAACAAAGUUGAGUGAUUGACUUGUCACGACCCUAAAUUUGGUGCACGUCACUUGCAAUUGUCCCAAAUUGCUCCGAAUCACUUUUCUCGUUUCCCCCUCACCGCCUUCCUAACUGAUGAGUCAUGAGUGUGUGUCUAACUCCGACGCAAGGAAUUCAUGUUCUGAUCCCAAAAUUCCUCAAUCCUUGCUUUCGCCUGGCCGAUAAUGGAAGGCCACUUGACCAAACUCCACCGAUGUCUCUUCGAAUCCAGCAGCUCGUCCUCCGAGUUCCUGCACUCCCUCCGCUCGGACACUUCCAUCGCCAUCGCCCUCGCCCUCCAGCACUUCUACUUGACUCUCAAGCGGGGUGUCUCCGUCGUCGUCGAAGAAGAAGCGCACGAUGAUGGCGAGAGUGUCGAGGAUAAGAAGUUAGGGUUCCAGUUAUGGACCGAUUCACAGAUUCAGUCCGUCGUCUCGUUCGGCCUCGCGAUCGUCUCUGCUUCUAUAUCUUUUUCAGAGCCAGUAGUGAUCGCUGUUGUGCAACAAUUGUUGGAGUUCGCCGUUUGUUACUUGGAGAAAUCAGAAUUCUGCAAUGACGAAUCAAGUGUACAGAUUAAUUUGAUACUACUCAUGGAGUUGGCUUUGGUGAAAGAAAUAGAUAAAGUCCCUGACAGGUCUUGCCCUCUAAGUUGCAUUUUAGAAUUGUUGGCAGUUGUGUCUAGUGGUCCCUGUGAUGUCCAAUUUGAUAGCCAUAUAAAAUGCAUCCUUCAAGGGUCCAGUUGUUUGAGGGCGGAGAAACAGGUGGAUCUACUACUAAUGACACUAGAGACUGAAUAUCUUCAACCUGAGGGGCAAACUUCUGGUUUCAAUGGACCCAUACAUGCUACGAGUCACUUGAUUUAUGCAUCUCAACAUUGGGCUCUAAUUCAUGUGGGUUUUGUGCGCCGUCUUAUUCCUCAUUGCACAAAGCUGAUUGAACGGGCAGAUGUGCAUGGUGAGAAGGUGGCAGCUGCUAAUUUUUCUGAGAGGUUGUCUUUCAGUUUGAGGAUUCUAAGGUUACUCAGAAGCCUUGUGAAGGAGAAUCCUUAUGUUGAGUAUGAUGCCUACCUAUUGCAGCAGGUUGCUUCAUUUGCUGAUACUCUACCUAGUGUCUUUGGACACAGGUUUGAAUUUGCGGAUAACCAAGGUGCUAUAGAGAGCGACUUUGAGAACCUUGUAUUAUCUCUACUAGAAGAGUUCCUUCAUCUAGUCCAAUCCAUAUUUGGUAACAACAGCAUUUCUCAAAAUAUACAGGUGUGUAUUGUGGCUUCCAUAUUAGACAACUUGGACUCUUCUAUAUGGAAAAGUGACAAGUCUGCUGUCGGUCCAAAGCCACCUCUAGUAUAUUUAACUCAAACUGUUGUUCUCAUGUUGAGAAUUGUGCAAGAUGUCAGAAGGGCAAUCAGUCAGAGUUAUAGUUCCAUGGAACUUGACAGAAAUCUCACUGGAAGCUCUUCAGAUUUCCCAAACAAAUCUCCAUCAUGCCAUUUACGCCUGAAAGAAGUUCCUUUGACGAAGAGUUUAACAACUGAGGAGGCAAUGAAAGUUAUAUUUACUUCAUCGGCUCAGUGGCUGGAUAAUCUAAUACAGCUUAUUAUCUUCCUUCAUCUGGAAGGUAUGAACUUCAGGCCAAGAUUUGAAAAAUCACAGUCCAGCAGUCUCAAAGCUAAUUGUGCAGUAGAACUGGAAAAUGCAGCAUGCCACGAGGAUGAGGCUCUUUUUGGUAACCUUUUCGUUGAAAGUGGCCGUUCGGUAGGAUCAGUUGAAGUGUGUGAUCAGGCGCCAGUUGCUCUCAGUUCUUUCUCCAAUAGUUGCAAUUUGCCAAUGCAAGCAGCCUGUGAGUUGUUGGGUGUUCUGAAAGAUGUUAUCUUCUCCCAAGAGUAUCCUACUCUGUAUGAGGAAGGUUGUAAAACGAUAAGAAACAAUCAUAUAGAGGCCUUGCUCUCUCUCGUUAAUUGUCAGGAGUGUGGUUUAGAAUACAAGUCAUCUGAUGGUUUUGCGUCUUCGCCAGAUGAGGGGAAAACUGCUAAUAUCCAUAAACUAUGUCUUGAGCUUUAAUGCAGUCUUCUUGCUCACUGCACUAUGUCAGCUUCCCUUGAAGAGAACCUUGUUGAACAAAUUUUAGCUGUUGAAAAUGGAGCAUUUGCUUACAGUGAUCGAACUCUGAUCUUGUUGGCUCAGACAGUGUUUAGUAGAGCUGGUUCUGAUGGUGGUAGAUUGAGAACCAGACUGUACGGAGUGUUUGUGGACUUCAUUACUGAUAAGGCAAAACUUGUUUGUACAAACUGCCCUGACUUCAGGAAACUUCUUCAAGCUCUUCCAUCAGUUUUUCACAUGGAAAUUCUCCUAAUAGCAUUCCAUAUGUCAUCUGCGGAAGAGAAGGCCAAGCAUGCUGACUUUAUAUUUUCUUCCCUUCGAGCAAUAGGUGGACCCUCUGAUAGUUUUUCCUGCCCGCAGUUAUCCUGCUGGGGAUUAUUAGUUUCAAGAUUCGUCUUACUGCUGCGACAUAUGGUCUUCUACGCAGAUACUUGUCCAUCAUUAUCAAAGUUUAGGAGAGAACAAGAACAAAGUAGGGUUUUAGAGAAUUCUGCUUUUUCCGUAUAUCUCAUGAUUUACAGAGUGAGAGAAUAUAUAUGCUAGGUUAGG